CGAACGUGUGCUUACAUAUAUGAAUAAGUGAACACUGAACUUGAUGCUGGUGACUGGCAGUGCUUCAGACAGAAAAGUUGGACCACUUUUAAAGGAAAUGAAAAAUUCAGCAAAGCAUCCAAAGGGAAGGAGAUGUCGCGUCUGCAACAUUUUGGUGCCGUCUUUGAGAAUAAUAAAGGAGCACAUGAAGCUUUGCCAUCCAGAUGAUUGUUUUCCGUGCGACCUCUGCAGCUACGUGGGUUUCAACUCUCCUGCGCUGUGUCACCACAAGAAACAAUAUCACAAAGUGCUGCCCAAAGAGCAAUUAAAGCUCGCCUGCCGAGAAUCGACUCGAACUGGUACAUCACUGAAUCCGUGCACGGCUGAGUUUAAGCGUGCGGCUAGCCUGCGACAGCACCUAGCAGAUGUGCAUGGCAUCACGGAAGCUAGCCAUGAGGUCACGAAGGAGUUUGGAUCGGUAGAUGACUUUAAGAGAUGGAAGGAAGUGUUUGAGGACGACACGUGUGCAAGAUACAACGUGCGCGGCGGGAAGCUGAAAGAAGGCGAAAAAAACGAUCAUAUACGCCUGCUCACGCUCAGGGACUUAUGUGUCGAAGGUCAAAGGAGUCCGGAAGCGGCAGCUGAAAUCCCAGGGAUCUUCCAAGAUGGGUAGUACCUGCACGGCGGUGAUGUGUGCCAGGACAUCAGAAGAGGGCAAGGUCAGCGUGACAGUGCAUCCGUUCCACUACGGACACGCGACGGACAAGACCGAUCUGCCUUAUAUACGACUACCGAAGACAGUCAGGGACUUCGCACAAGAGAAACUCCUGAAAGGAGAGCCCGCGUCUCGCGUCAUUAAUGACAUCCGUAAGUCCCUGGAGGAAACUGGUGAUCCUGCCACUCGCCGUGGGUUCUGGAUCGGCAGAAGAGAUCUGCGGAACAUGUGCAACAGUCUCAAGAUCAGGCCACAGACCGAGACCUCCACUCAAAAGGAGCGCGUUGAAAUGUCGAGUGAGGAACUGGACAAUAAAGAAAUCCGUCCUCCGAAAGAGGUGGACGACCUGUGGCAGGAGCGGAAAAAGCUGUGGCGAGGGCCCUCCGCCCGGCUGUCCGAGAUCCGGCAGCGUCACGCGGCGGCCGCCGAGCUGGUCGCCGCCCGUACCGCAGCGGCUCACCGCCUGUCGGACGCGGCCCGACCCACGUGGCUGGUAGGCCCGUUCGCCGAGACGGACCACCAGUACAUCCGCAUCGAGCAGCACCACCGGCUGUGUCCGUUCGGAUGCCAGCUGCGCUGUGAGGACUGUGGUGUGUGCGCGCACCAGUUCACCUGUCAGUGCCAGGAUUGGGUGUCCCACAAACUGCCGUGCAGACAUAUGCACUAUCUGUGCAUGGUGGUGGAAGACCUGCUUGGUCCUUUGCCUCCGCCGGACCAGGAACAGGACAAUGUGCCGGGGGUCGCUGAGAUAGACGACACGCCAGGCGUCGCUGAGACGGUCGAUUCGCCAUGUGUUUCGCCGGCUCGCGAGCUACCUCCGGUGACGCCUUCUGCCGGCCGUCCCGAGGAAGGUGCCGCAAGACGACAGCAGGUCGUCACUAAGAUGCAAGGGGCAUUGUCAGCGAUCGAAAGACUGCCGGACACUCUAGCAGAGGAGUCUUACCAGCGCAUCCUGGCACACUUGGCCGUUUUAGAACGCCUUGUGGCACUGGAGGUGCGUCCUCAGACACCAGUGCAGGAACUCUUGCCUCCCACGGAGAACGGGCAGCAGACCUCCAAUGCCAAAAGUGAUCCCCAUCCCACCCCUUCCUCUAAACGCCGGCAGCGAACGGUACGGUCUCGAGGACGGAGCAGGGCAAAGAGCUCCACGGCACAGCGAGGUGCGGUAAAUCUCGUCGCGAGUGAUGUUGACCUGGAGAACCUUCUAGUGGUUCAACAGGACCACUGCUACUGAUGUGGGGUUAUGGUG